AUGAACACCCAGAAGGCUCUGUCAGCUAUAGAAGAGGCUAGAACAGGAAGAGGUGUGUUAAAUUUACCCAUCAGAGAUAUUAAUAUAUGAUAUUGUUGAUUACUAUAAAAAAUCAAGCAGUCUAACAAAUAGCUAAAUGAAAUAAAUAUAAAAUUAAUAAAUACCAGGGUAUAAAGAUGCCCCCAGGUCCUUGUUUUCCUAAUUCUGGCACUGAGAGACUUGUUGAUGGUGAUAAUGAUAAUGAUGAUGAUGACAGUGAUGAUGAUGACAUAAAUUUGUAUCAAAAGAAAAUUAUGUUGGAUGGCAAACUUGUUUUCUGAAGUGUUACACUGUCUCCUUGCAUUGCCAAACUGGUAACUGUCCAUCAGAAAUCAGUUAGGAGAAAGAGGAAACUGAGAAUCAAACUAGGAUGAAACUACUACAGUAAAUUUCAUUUUAAACUACAUCAUAACAGUACAUGGAAAUGAAAAGGUCUUUAUUGAAAUGACAUUUUCUUUCAUCUUUAGCAAAUUCAACAUCAUCUGCAACAUCUGAUGCAUUCGUUGUGGUGUCAAGUUUGUCUAGUUUAAAUCCUGAACAAAGGAAAAGGGCUUUGUUUGAAGCUGCUAAAACAGGUAAUAAUAUGCUUAUCACUAAUCUAAUAUCAAAAGACUAAGAAGACUAACCAAGUCAAAAACUAGCAAGUCAUACAUGUGUACUUCAACAGUAAAGCCCCUUGUACAUGUACUUCAAAUCUUUCUCGCAGUGCUGAGUUGUACAAUAAUCUGUGAUCUAUGGUUUCUGCACGUUUUUGCCUACAGAUGUGUUUUUGCUAUUCUUUUAUAAUGGUAACUUUUUAACAGGAUGUGAUUAAUUUAUGACAGAAACUCAUAACUUAUGAGUUUCUGUUUAUGACAAAUUUAUGACUCAAUAUUUUCCCAACUGAGUUAUGACUUUGAAUGCAUGUCGUACCACAAUGCAUUUUAAUCAUUUAGAAAAUAAUUAGUUAGUCAGAGUAUAUUAAUUUUGAUGUAUUUAAUAUCAGUAAAAAUGAGUUGCUGUAUUUCCAGGAGACCAUUAUUCCAUGGUUACUUUACUGAAUCAUAAGAAUGUUGACAUCAAUAUUAGAGGUAAUAAUUUAAUUUAAAUAUGAACAAACCCACUUUGAAUUAUUCUUCCAUACUGGUAAAUAAAGAUUCACAGGCAAAGUAAAUUUUUUUUAUUUCUUUCCCAUAAGAAUGUUUGAUCCUACAUUUGAAUGAAAUCACAGUGAAUAUUAUUUUGUUAUUUCUUUUUGCAGAUGAGGACAAGAACACUCCUCUCUUUUUUGCUGCAGAAGGUGGCCAUCUCCCUUGUGUGGCUCUCUUAAUGGUAACUAAUUUUGGUCUCAAUUUGUCUCUAGUAAUUUAACAACCUUAAGAAAGUUUGUAAACUUUCCAUUAGAAUUUUGGCCCCGUGUCUUAAUUGUUACAGUCAUUAUUCUACAGUGUGUUCAUUAGGCAAAGGAGAUCAGAGAAUUCUCUGUUUUCUACGCAGAAUUCUCUGGCUAAUGUUUGAUAGCCUAUAGGACUAUUUUUUAUUCAGAUGCAGAGUGUCUUUCACAAUACUCUCCUGUAACAUUACACCUUCCUCCUGCUACUAAAUUCUUAAUGAAAACCCUGAUUCUAUCACAUAAUAAUUAAUCAAUUUGUAUUGUAUUAUUAUAUUUGAAAAUUAAAGGCAUAUUAGCAGAUUAGCAGACACCUUGUAGGACCUUGUUGCAUGCACCUCUUCAAUUAUUGAUUAAAGGGGAUUUAACCCUCUGCUGAUUCCUGAUCCUUGUAUCUCUAACAGAAAGUGUGGUAUGUCAUUCUGACUCUUGAAAUACACACGUCAUAAUGUUUCUCUGCACACAACAGUUUUCAGGGUUAACCCAUGUAUAUCAGCCCUGUAAACUAGCUACGUAAAUUAAAUCCCGUCUUAUUUAUUUAUUUUAUUCAAAAUUCAACAGGAACGAAAUGCAGAUGUGACAGCAGUGAACAAUGUAAGUUUAUGGAAUGUUACAGACUAGAAAUGAAUAAAUGAAUAUCAAGACUACUACUUAUUAUUAAUAAUAUUUCUUGUUAUCCAAUCUAGAAAUCUUGGACCCCUCUUCAUGCCCUUGCAUGGUAAGUUUACAUAACCUUGGUAAAAAACAUGUUACACAAAAUUUUAUGUAAUCCUAUUAAAUCAAGGUAAUUCAAGCAUAUAAUUAGAAGUGAUAAAUUGUGUGGUACAAAAAGAUUGGCUUGUGGUGUGUAUUAUUAAGCAGACUGUUCAGUCUAGAAAUUAGUAAAAGUGGGUCCUACGUCCCACGUAGCAUUUUAAAUUGGAUCAAUUUCAAAAAUGGUCUGGUCAAACUAUGAUAUAUUUGAAACUUUGAACAACUAUCAUGAGCUUCACCAUCUUUAUUAUCCAGGUCAUCUUCGUGUAUUUCAGGUUCAACUGUCAUUCUCUUUUGCGUAAAUAAAUGAACUUAGCUUUUGUUGUCGUUUCAUUAUGAAUGAAGAAAAAGUACAAAUUAAAGAAACGAAGCGUGUUGAUCGGAAAAGCAACAAUUAUGCAGAACAUGGAAAUGUACACUCCAUGCAGUCUCUUUCUGUACUGCAUGGAAGGCCUGACACAAAAACUACUCAUAAACACAUAGUCUGAAAGACAGUCAUUUUGUGCACUUAUUUCAGGCUAGUAAUCACACUUUUUUUAUUUUUAAUAUUGACUGCUGCUUUGGAAGUACUUGUAUAUUAGGUAACCUUUUUUGCAUCAGUAUGCCUCCAUGAUAAUUUCAUUUUGUGUCAGAAUAGAAUAUUGAAUAUUCCACGUCAAUAAGGCAAAAACGUGGUCUAGAUUCUAAUUUUUGAUUAAGCAGCCAUGUAUUACUGAUAUUAUGUGAUUGAUCUGUAGGAAAGGAUCAAGUGAAAGUCAUGUGGAGUGUGGUGAACUUCUCAUACAGGUACUACUGACAAAACGGAAGAUAAGAUUUUCUGGAAAGUGA